GGCCAGGGCGCAGCGCUGCGGAGAGCGAGGGCCGCCUGGAGGCCGGCCGGGGCCCGCGCGGCGAUGAUGAACAGGUUCCGAAAGUGGCUGUACAAACCCAAGCGGUCAGACCCACAGCUGCUGGCCCAGUUCUACUAUGCUGACGAGGAGCUGAACCAGGUGGCCGCGGAGCUGGACAGCCUGGAUGGGCGGAAGGACCCCCAGCGGUGUACACUACUGGUCAGCCAGUUCCGCUCCUGCCAGGAUAACGUGUUAAACAUCAUUAACCAGAUCAUGGACGAGUGCAUCCCCGAGGACCGCGCCCCUCGGGAUUUCUGUGUCAAGUUCCCCGAGGAGAUCCGGCAUGACAACCUGGCUGGCCAGCUGUGGUUCGGGGCUGAGUGCCUGGCUGCUGGUUCCAUCAUCAUGAACCGCGAGCUCGAGAGCAUGGCUAUGCGACCGCUGGCCAAGGAGCUGACCCGCAGCCUGGAGGAUGUUCGGGGCACCCUCCGUGACCAGGCGCUGCGUGACCUCAGCACCUACACAGAGAAGAUGCGGGAAGCGCUGAGGCACUUCGAUGUCCUGUUUGCCGAGUUUGAGCUGAGCUACGUCUCGGCCAUGGUGCCCGUGAAGUCCCCCAGGGAGUACUACGUGCAGCAGGAGGUCAUCGUGCUGUUCUGCGAGACGGUGGAGAGGGCCCUGGACUUUGGGUACCUGACCCAGGACAUGAUCGACGACUAUGAGCCGGCCCUCAUGUUCACCAUUCCUCGGCUGGCCAUCGUGUGUGGCCUCGUGGUCUAUGCGGAUGGACCCCUGAACCUGGACCGCAAGGUGGAGGACAUGUCCGAGCUGUUCCGUCCCUUCCAUUCGUUGCUACGGAAAAUCAGGGAUUUGCUGCAGGCGCUGACAGAGGAGGAACUGCAUACCCUGGAGCGGAGCCUCUGUGUCUGCCAGGACGUGGAGCUCCCCAUCCGGGCAGACGUCCCGGUGCCCACUGCCCUGGCACCUGCUUUUCCCGCAUCCCUUCCCCCUGAGGAGCCACUCUCAGCCGAGGCCAGGAACCCAGAGGCAGAGCUGGCCUGCUCCAUGCAGUACGAUGACCAGGAGCUAGAGGCGCUCAGCCGCAUGGUCCACCGGGCUGGGGACGAGAUGUCAUCUCUGCUCUCGCCACCCAGUGCCUGCCAGUCCCCGGCACACAGGCCAGGGGCAGAGGGCAGCCCCCGAGGGGAGGCUUCUCCAGGCAGAGCGCGGCUGAAGUCGGGCAGUGACGAGGAGGAGCGGGUGUUCUUCAUGGACGACGUGGAGGCGGUGGAGGCCCCUGCCAGGCUGGAGUCGCCAGGUGCUCCGUUUGGGUGGGCAGACAGUGCUGGGACCGGCCCCCAGGAGAGCCGGCAGGGCGGGCAGAGCGAGGAGGAGGGGGUCAGCAAACCUGCUGUGGUGAAGGGGGAGGACUGGAGCAAUAACAACAAUGAGGGUGACCACAGGAGGCUGGCCGCCCUGCCCAGCUCGACCUGCAGCUGCCUGGACUCGCAGCUGUCCCUGGACGGCUGGGAGGUGAGUGCAGAUGACGCCGAGACGGCUGAGAUGAUCGCCCACCGGACGGGGGGCAUGAAGCUCUCGGCCACUGUCAUCUUCAACCCCAAGUCACCCUCCUCCCUGGACUCUGCAGUGGCCACCCAGGAAGCUCCAGGCCACGGCCUUUCCCCACUGGAGCCCGGGGCCCGGGGGGCUGGGGGAAGCUCCCACAAACUCAGCGCUGCGGCCACCAGCUGCCUCCUCCAUUCCUGCGUGUGCUGUGGGAGCUGCGGGGACGGCCGGGAGGAUGCGGUGGAGCACCUGCGGGAGAAGUGUGGCCCAGGGAGCGUCAUCAGUGCCUCGCACCCUGCCACAGGCUUGGCCAAGGCCAGCGACAAGGGCCCCGAGGGACUGGACGAGGCCCAGCCUGCCCCUGAAGCCAUCCUGCCAGUGGAAGACGCCGCCGACAGACAGGAGGGCAAGGCCUCGGCUUCUAGCAAGUGCCUGGCACACACCUCCGGCCCCCAGGAGGACUCGGCAAGCAGGCCGCACACAGAGGGCCAGGCCACGGGCCUGCAGGAGGAGCCGGAGGCCAGGGAGCGGGAUCCUGGGAAGCCCUCUGCGCCCGGAAGGGAGAGUCCGCCAGCAGAUGGGACCCAAGCCCAACCCCAGCACCGGCCAGGCUCCAGCAGCCCCCCAGCUGGUUCCUGCUCCUCAGACAAGACCCUGCUGGAGGCAGCCCCUGUGGCCUCGCCUGUCACCCCCGUGGCCACGAGAGAGAAGAUCCGGUCCAGGUUCCACGGCAGCCAUGACCUGAUCCACCGCCUGUUUGUCUGCAUUUCAGGUGUGGCAGAUCAGCUGCAGACCAACUAUGCGAGCGACCUGAGAAGUAUUCUCAAAACUCUGUUUGAGGUCAUGGCCACCAAGCCAGAAACAGAUGACAAGGAAAAGCUAAAGAAGGUCACCCAGACCCUGCGGAGUGCGGCCUUAGAGGACUGUGCGUUGUGUCAGGAGACCCUGUCAUCCUCAGAACUUGCAGCCAAGACCCGUGACGGGGACUUUGAAGACCCCCCUGAAUGGGUGCCGGACGAGGCCUGCGGCUUCUGCACCGCGUGCAAAGCGCCCUUCACUGUCAUCCGCAGGAAACACCACUGCCGCAGCUGCGGGAAGAUCUUUUGUUCCCGCUGCUCUUCGCACUCGGCACCGCUGCCCCGCUAUGGGCAGGUGAAGCCUGUCCGUGUGUGCACACACUGCUACAUGUUCCACGUCACACCCUUCUACAGCGACAAAGCAGGCAUGUGAUGCAGCACCCAGGCACUCACCAACACACCCAGGGCCAGGACUUCCAGGAAGGAGGCGAUGAGCCUGGCCCUGGUCUGUCCAGGCUGUGCUGCAGGAGGUCUCCUGCAUCUCAUUAAGACACUGCUGCUGCUGCUGCAGACCCGCCCAGGUUUCCAGAAUGUCCAGAGCCUCUGUCCCACCCACCCUGGCCUCCUUACCUGCAGGGACCCCAGGCCAGGUGCAGAACGUGAUAGGAGGUCAGCUUUACCCACCAAGGGGAUCCAGGGACCUAGGGGCUGCCUCUGAAGCAGGUGCCUGCUGGCCUCCACUGGAGCUCCUCCUCCAGCCGGACCUACCAGGCAGGAGAGUGGGCACUGUGAGGCCUUGUCUGCAGCAGAGACUCUGGAAGCAGGAACUAAGGGGCUCCACGGGCCCCAGCACCCUGUCAGGGCUCCUUGCGCCCACCUCAUCCCCAGCACCCACUGCCCGUCUCAGGACCCUGCUAUAAACAACACGCAUCUCAUUUCUUCUUGGAGGGGGAAUGCAGGAGGAAUACGUGCCCUGAACCUGCAUAUUGUCCACUGCCAGUGGAGUGGGGGCUGGCCAGGCACUGACACCCACAGACAGAGGUUGGUUUGGUUUGGGGACCUUGGCUCACCAGGCAGCCCAACACCACCAAGGGCUGCCCACUUGGCCAACAGUGCCCCCUUUCCUCUGCACCCUCUGGGACCCUGGUCCACUUCCACAGAUUCUAGAGCAGCUGGGACCCAUGCUGAGACAUCCAAGUGGCCCCAGUGCAGACACCUCCUCAGGCUUCAAUCUCAGGCUUCACAUUGCAAUGACGAUUGCAGUUUUAUUUUUGGAGAGAUGACACACCUACUGCUUCUUUUAUAGGAUGAAGUCCAAUUACUGUUGAGCAGUGGAAUACUCUUGCACAGAGAUGGCUUCUGUAGGGGAGAAUAUAUAUUGGAGGGAAUAUUAUGUAUUGAGAUUAUUUUUAUUUUCUAACAGCUGUAACUUGAAACCAUUUCCAUAAAUCUAUUUAAAGAUUGCA